GUGUCAGCACGCGCCGAGCGACUUCUGCCGCAGACUUCUAAGUGGAACAGGCGGGAAAGUGACAUCAAAGAUGCAGAGGUUCUUUGGAAUUUUUUGCGUGUCGCUCAUCUUUUGCGCAACUCUCUCUGAGACCAUCGGGUUGGUUAUUGCGGCGAAGGAGAAACGGGGCUGGACACUGAACAGUGCUGGCUACCUGUUAGGUCCCCGUCGUAUUGAUCACCUAAUUCAGAUAAAGGAUUCUCCCAGUGUCCGAGGCAGAGACGAGCUGGUCACUCAAUAUGGAAUAGAUGGACACAGGACACUAGGAGACAAGGCGGGUCUGGCUGGCAAGAGGGACAUGGGCCAGGAGGAGGACUUCAGAACAGGUUCCCUGAGAAUAGCAGAUGGAGAGAUCAUCCACACUAUCAUUGACUUUCUGUCGUACCUGAAGCUCAAAGAGAUGGGAGCCUUGGACAGCCUGCCUUCCUCUGUGACAUCAGACGAACUGGACAAUCCCUAAUGUGUGUGUGCCCCUCUUCAGAUCAUCUCCAUCUACUUAAGUCUAUGUUCCUGCUGUCUGGACUCCACUGCCCUAACUAUCACCUUACUGUCUAUCCAUUCACACUCUGAUGCUGGAUGUGUUCUGGUACCAGAGGUCUGAUUAUUUUACUCUUUCAGAUGGAUUGUCCCCCAAUGCAAAUCGUACAGAUCUUUCUGCUCCUGUGUAAAUACAACACUUUGUAUGGGGGACCUCUGUUCAGAAAGCAACACUGUGUUGUCAUCUAAAUAUACUAUCAUCUGAUUUACGACAAUGGAGUCAAAUAAAUAAACAAAUGGCA